AUGGCAGCACGUCAGCGUGACGUCAGCGUCCAGCAGCACUCGAAUCGCCCCUGCAUCUUUCACAACCGCUCUCAGUUUUCGAAGAGACAGGAGGGGGAGUUGUUCGAGGGGAGGACUAGAGAAUCACAUAAGGCCACUGAGCCUGAGAAGAAGAAGAAGGGGAGUGUGCGUGCGAGCGGAUGGGGGGACCACGACAACGGGGACGAACGGCGUGACGACAAGCGGCAGCAGCGGAUGGGUGGAGCGGCGGGAGGAGGAGAUCGCUGCGGUAAAGAGCAUCUUGGCUCGCGCGACCAUGCAUCCCUCCCCGUGGGCAAGUAUGGGAGGGACGACGAGGCCUUGCUGAGGUGGUUCCUGCAUGCACCCAUCCUUUUCCUAUCCCCUCUCUUCCCCAAUUCACCAUCAGCUGGUAGACGAGGUGAAGAGCAUCUUGGCGCGCAACCAUGCGUCCCUCCCGGUGGGCGACUCGUGGACGAGGUGAAGAGCAUCUUGGCUCGCGACCAUGCGUCCCUGCCCGUGGGCGAGUAUGGGCGGGACGACGAGGCCAUGCUGAGGUGGUUCCUCAAGGAUCGCAAGUACAAGGUGGAACCCACGGUGGAGAAGCUUGUGAAGGCUAUUGUGAGUGGCGGGGGUGGGUUCUGUGCGAAAUGGCGCCACGAGUUUGGAGUGGCGGGGCUGACAGCUGCUGACGUGGCAGAGGAGGGGGCCACGGGGAAGGCUUUCCUCCACGAGUACGCUGACGUGGACGGGCGGCCCGUGAUCGUUGUCGUGGCAGCGAAACACUUCCCCGACUCAUCCCGCCUGGUGUACAGCCAGCAGCUUUGCGCGUACCUCAUUGAAAGAGCCAUAGAGCGACUGCCGGAGGGGGAGGUGCAGUUCCGAGGGAUAUUCGACCUGAGAGGUUUCACUGCUAAGAACACCGACCUGGCUUUCGUGAAAUUCAUGAUUGACGUGUUCUUCAACUACUAUCCCAAGAGAUUGCACCAGCUUCACAUUUCUCUCCCCACCCAUCCUGCUUAUCUCUCUCUUACGCAUCCUGCUUCUCUCACUCUCUUACGCAUCCUGCUUCUCUCACUCUCUUACGCAUCCUGCUUCUCUCACUCUCUUACGCAUCCUGCUUCUCUCACUCUCUUACGCAUCCUGCUUCUCUCACUCUCUUACGCAUCCUGCUUCUCUCACUCUCUUACGCAUCCUGCUUCUCUCACUCUCUUACGCAUCCUGCUUCUCUCACUCUCUUACGCAUCCUGCUUCUCUCACUCUCUUACGCAUCCUGCUUCUCUCACUCUCUUACGCAUCCUGCUUCUCUCACUCUCUUACACAUCUUGCUUCUCACCCCAGGUGCUCUUUGUGGACGCGCCCUUCAUCGUCCACCCAGGGUGCUCUUUGUGGACGCGCCCUUCAUCUUCAUCUCCCAGGUGUUCAUCUUCCAUUCCUCUCCCUGCCCGCCCUGCGCCCCACACCGCUUCCCACCACUUCCCACCACCCCAGGUGCUCUUUGUGGACGCGCCCUUCAUCUUCCAGCCGGGGUGGAAGGUCAUGAAGCCGCUGCUCAAGUCGUACGCCAACCUGGUGAGUGCAGAGCAGAUGCUGACUUUAAAGCCCCCAUUAUGA